AUGGCAAAGUUUUCCGAAGAUAUAGGUUUUAAAUUGCUAACCUCAACACCAUAUUAUGCACAAGCAAAUGGUCAGGUUGAAUCAGCAAACAAAAAUAUCAUUGCCAUUAUCAAACGUAAAAUAAAGGCAAAGCCAAAAAAUUGGCCUGAAGUUUUGGGCGAAGCUUUGUGGGCAUGUCGAACAUCUCCCAAAGAAUCGACAAACACCACACCUUUUAGGCUGACAUUUGGUCAUGAUGCUGUGUUACCUGUAGAGAUCUUGCUUCAAUCAACCAGAAUCCAAAGACAAUGCGAAAUACUAAUUAAUCAUUAUUGGGACAUGGUCAUGGACGAAUUGAUCGAUCUCGAUGAAGAAAGAUUAACAGCAUUGGAAGUCCUUGCAAGACAAAAGGAGAGGGUGGCAAAAGCAUAUAAUAAAAAGGUGAAAUCGAAACUUUUCACCCAGGGAGAUUUGGUGUGGAAAGUCAUUUAA